AUGGGUAGCGUAACAGAGGAACAACUGGUUCAAAUGGUAAGGGACUUCAUUGAAGCUGAAUCAUCAGAGCAAGUGCCAACUUCAGAUAACUCCCUCUCAUAUCAAAAUCACAAUCCCACGUGCCUCCUCACUUUGCAGCAAAUACUGAGGGAGACCACAGAUAUUGAAGUUGAGGUUCUUCAAAAGAUAUUGAAGCAUCUUAAAAGCGUAGAGUUUGCUAAUGACCCUACCAAUUUGAAGAAGUUGAUAGUGGUGAAACUGAAAAUGGAUGGCUACGAAGCUUCACUUUGUAAAACAUCAUGGGAUUUCACUUUUGAUCGCUGUAACUCGUUUCAAUUUUCAGGUGAUUAUGAAUACGUUGAUGUGAUGGUAGGGGAGAAGGGUGGUGUGAUAGAAAGAAGGCUAAUGGUGGAUAUUGACUUUAAGUCUCAGUUUGAGUUGGCAAAACCAACGAGAGAGUACAAAGAGCUAAGGGACACUCUUCCUUGUGUGUUUGUUGGGACUGAAGAAAAACUUGCCAAGUUAAAUUCUUUGCUUUGUUCAGCUGCAAAAGAAUCAUUGAAAGAAAAAGGCUUUCAUAUUCCUCCUUGGAGAAAAGUCACUUACAUGCAAUCCAAGUGGCUUUCCAAAAACUGCGAGAAGAAAUAUCCUUCAUAUAUGUCCAACGUAGACUUAGAGUCAACACAAAUGAAUAUUUAG